AUGGUGGAAGGAGAAUCAAACUCAACAUCAUUAAUAAAUUCUGAGGAGAAUAAACUCUUGAAUGAAAAAGAAAACUUGUUUAAUUCAAAUUCAGACGCGUUACAAGCAACGAAAGAAGCUACAACAGAGAAAAAAUCAUCAAAAUCUUCAACUGGAAAACGUAAAUAUCAUCAAAAAUCAAGAUCAGGGUGUUCAACUUGUAAAAGAAGAAGAGUUAAAUGUGAUGAAAGAAAACCUAAAUGUGGAAAUUGUGAUAAAUUAAAAUUAGAAUGUGGUUAUUUAAAAGAAGAUGAAGAAGAACAAAAUCCGACUAAAAGAAUAAAGAUUGAAUCAUCUGAUAGCUCAGAGACUAAACCGAAAAAAGUCAAAGCUCCAAGAAAACUGAAAAAGUCAGAGAAGAAUAACGCUCAAUUAGACUCAUCAGCACCAUUAGAUAAUAAUAACAAUGAUAGUUCAAGUGAAUUGGAAUCUUCAGAGCAACAGAGGCAACAGCAACACCAGCAACAACACCAGAAACAACAAGAAACACCUUCAUUAACCCCAAGUCCCACUGCUCCUCCACAAGUCAACCUAAAUAAUCUUGCACAAUUAUUUGCAAAUCCUUUAAAUGCAUUAUCAUCUGGUCUACUAAGUGCUGGAAAUUUAAACAACUUAAAUGUAGCUCAUUUGGUUAAUAAUUUAUCAGGUUUGGGAGAUAUGGGAAUUAAUUUAGCAAAUUUGAUUAAUCCUGGAAAUCUAGCGAGUUUAUCCAACUUAGCUAUGUUAGCUCAACUACCAAUAGAUUUAAGUAAUAUAAAUGGACUAGGUAGUGGUGGUGGUGUCAAUACUGCUGGAAUGGGUGGGUUGAUGGAUCAAAUAUCAGCUACUCUAAUGAAUGGGAAUACAAACACAGAUCCGCUUUUGAAUACUCAAUCUGUUCCAAUGCAACAACAAACCCAAUCAGAAGAAACUCAGAACAAUCUUAUGAAUGCUGCAAUUGAUCCAUCUUUGAAUUUUCAAACCUCUGAUUCUUCAACUUCAUCACAGUUUUCACUUCCUAAUACAACUCCUGCAUCCAAUGUAUCUCAACAACAGCAGCAACAACCAACAUUACCGUCACAACAGCAACAGCAGCAGCAACAACAACAACAACAGCAAGAUACACAACAACCAACUCCAAAUUCACUUCCACAUAUUUCUGCCAAUAUAUCGCUGUCUAUACCAUCGUCAGUACCAAUGAAUAACAAAACAAUGGCACAAGCAAUGAAUUCAAGUAGUUUAAAUAUGCUUGAUUUGAAAUUAAUGUUUCAUUAUACAUCUCAAGUUGCAAAUACAAUAACUGGAGCUGGAAUAUCUGAAACAAAUAUAUGGAUUCAUGAUAUCCCAAUGUUAGCUUUUGAACAUCCAUUUUUAAUGCAUUCAAUAUUAGCAUUUAGUGCUACACAUUUAUCAAGAACUGAAAAAGGGUUGGAUCAAUGUGUUACAUGUCAUAGAGGUGAUGCAUUAAGAUUAUUAAGAGAAGCUGUUUUAAAUAUUAAUGCUGAUAAUACUGAUGCUUUAGUUGCAAGUGCUUUAAUUUUAAUUAUGGAUUCAUUAGCAAAUGCUUCUUUUCCAUCUUCAACUUCUCCUAAAUCAUUACCAGCAUCAGCUUGGAUUUUUCAUGUUAAAGGUGCAGCAACAAUUUUAACUGCAGUAUGGCCAUUAACAGAAGCAUCAAGAUUUUAUAAAUUUAUAAGUGUUGAUUUAGGAGAUUUAGGAGAUAUUAUAAAUCAAAAAGUAAAUUUAAAUGGUCAAUCAAAUUUAACAAAUAAUAAUAUAAAUGGUGAUAAUAUUAAAAAAUAUUUUACAGAUUUAGAAUGUCAUGAUUCUGAUAUAGCAGAUUUAUUUCCUGUUGAAAUUGAUUCACCAUAUCUUAUAACUUUAGCUUAUUUAAAUAAAUUACAUAAAGAAAGAUAUAAAUCAGAUUUUAUAUUAAGAAUAUUUGCAUUUCCUGCUUUAUUAGAUAAACAAUUUAUGGGAUUAUUAAUGAGUGGAGAUAUAAAAUCAAUGAGAAUAAUGAGAUCUUAUUAUAAAUUAUUAAGAUCUUUUACAAUGGAAAUGAAAGAUAAAGUAUGGUUUUUAGAAGGUGUUGCUCAAGUAUUACCUUCAAAUGUUGAAGAAUAUGCUGGUGGUGCUGGAGGUAUGCAUAUGAUGAUGGAUUUUUUGGGAGGUGGCCCAGAAAUUAUUGAUGAUGAUGAAUUUGAUAUAGAAAUAAAUGGUGAUGGUUAUGCUAAUGGUAAUAAUGAUAAUAAUAAUAACAGUAAUGAUAAUGAUGGUGGUAUCAAUGAUAAUAGUACUAAUAAUAAUAGUAAUGAUAAUAAUGAUUUGACGAAUAUGGUAUUUAAUAUUUAA